AUGACUGAGUAUAGUAGUUGUGAAGGAUGCCGCCUGCCACAGACCAUAUGGUGGGUUGCAAAGUUUGUGCGGGCGUUGCUCGCGGCUGGGGCGGACGUGGGGGCGAGGAGCGGGGACGGGGAGACCGCCCUGCACCGGGCUGCAUGGAGAGGCCACGCGGAGGUGGCGCGGCUGCUGCUCUCUGCGGCGUCCGACCCCAACGCCAGGGAUAUGUGGGGGCUGACGCCGCUGCACUUGGCGGCAUACCAUGGCCACGCAGAAGCGGCGGCUGCGUUGCUGCAGGCCGGAGCCGACAGGGGGGUGAGGGCUAAUGACGAGAGGACCCCCCUGGACGUCGCCACGCUGUGCAACCGGCCGCAGCUCGUCGAGAUGCUAACACACCAUUAA